AUGGAUGAAAAUGAGAGGAAGGCUCGUGAGUACAUAGCCAGCGCUGCUAAGCACCCAAAAGGGGGAUUCUUCCGUUCACUAUUUUCAGGCGGCUCUGACGGAACAGAAGAGCGCGUCGCCCUCUACGAGCGUGCAGCUAAUUGCUUCAAAAUGGCCCAUAAGUGGCAGGAGGCCGGAGACGCCUUUGUGCAAGCCGCUGAGCUGAGCGCCAGCAACAAGUCCCAGUUGGAUGCCGCCAUGCACUACGUAAGCGCCUCUGUAGCCUACCGCAAAACCGAUCCUAAUCGUGCUAUCACCUGUCUCACUCGCGCUGCGGACAUCUACAUCGAAAUGGGUCGUUUCACCAUUGCCGCCAGGCACCACAUGACCAUGGCUGAGAUUUACGAACAGGAGCUGGCCAACGAGGCUGAGGCUUGCAAGCAUUACGAACGGGCUGCUGACUUCUACAAGGGUGAAGAGUCUACCAGCUCGGCCAGGAAGUGUAUGCUUAAGGUGGCCCACUACUAUGCCACUUCUGGACAGUUUGAGAAAGCCGCAAGAAUUUUUGAAGAGGCCGGUGUAUCUUCAAUGGACAACAAGCUACUGCACUACGGGGCCAAAGAGUACCUCAUGAAGGCUGUAAUCUGCGAUAUGAACUACGAUAUUGUGAAGGGUCACAAUACUCUUGAAAAGUUUGAACUAGACUAUCCCAUGUUUUGUGAUUCACGUGAAUGCGCUCUUCUUAAGGCAAAAAUUGUUCAAUCCUUGCAGAAAGUUGAUGAAGCUUUGAGUUCUGAGAAUCUGGAGACCUACACAGCCGCCGUGAAGGAGUACGAUAGUGUCACACGACUGGAGCCUUGGAUGACUGAGAUGCUGCUAAAAUUAAAGAAGACCCUCAGCAACGAGGAGGAUAUCACUUAG